AUGAAAGUGAAGAUCCUGCGUAUCCUUCUAUGGCAUGCUGUUGCUUCAUGGACAUGGGAUGCCCAGGAUGAAACAUGUGGGAUUUGUAGGAUGGCCUUUGAUGGAUGUUGUCCUGACUGCAAACUCCCAGGGGAUGACUGCCCUCUGAUUUGGGGUGCAUGCAAUCACGCAUUUCAUUUGCACUGUAUCCUGAAAUGGGUGAAUUCUCAGACAUCACAAGCGCAUUGCCCCAUGUGCCGUCGUGAAUGGCAGUUUAAAGGAUGAGAGCAUAGUGUUCUGUUCUUUUUAAAUGUGACCACUGUUAACAAUGUAAAAAAAUUGGUAUAGUUAAUCGAAGACCUCUCUUCUGCAAUUUUUCCAUUAGUGUAAGGUGUAUUGCUUCUUUAUUCGCAAAUGUCC